UUUUGUAACGAAAAACUACUUACUCCUCCCUUUAUUUUUUCCAUCAAGUUCUGUGUUCAUUUCCCUGUAACAAAAACCAUGCCCCGGUGCUUGAUCAAAUCGAUGAGAAGAUACAGGAAAACUAAUAAUGCCUCAGAAGAAACUGAAAUCCCAUGGAUCCCACCUUCUUCAAUCGACGCCAAACAGAAACACCAGACCAAAGACAAUUCGAAGUGCAAUAACAUUUGGACCUCCUCGAACUUGCCGAUCGUGACACGGUACAGCUUCAACAAAGAGAACAAUAUGAUAUGGAACAAAGAAUUGGCCAGUAGCGUCGAGUCGGGGGGCACGAGUUUCUCAGAAAUCGAGAAGACCCUACAAUCGAGUUCGACCAACAUUUCGAUUAAUACCGAUUUGCCUGUUAUAAAUACCAGCAAUGAACGAAAGCUAGAGAAAGUGCAAAUAUCGUUAUCGUCCAACGCAAAAACGUUAGAGUAUCCAAUAAACGCUGUUGACAAUAAAAUCAAGGCAGCAGUGAAUUUGAACGAACCGUUUAACGGCACUGAAGGGCAGCAGCAGUCUAAAACGUAUUUGACGCCGAAAAAACCGAUCGACCUCUCGCAGAAUCAGCAUUUGGGGAGUAACAUGAAAACAACUGGCAUUGAGAACACGCAGAACUGGAAGCGAAACAAAACAAUGCAUUACUGUCCCUUUUGUCGGAAGUGUUUCGAUCGUCCUUGGGUGUUAAAGGGACAUCUGCGGCUCCACACAGGCGAACGGCCUUUCGAGUGUCCAGUGUGCCAUAAAUCUUUCGCCGACCGAUCGAAUUUACGUGCACAUCAAAGGACACGAAAUCACCAUCAAUGGCAAUGGCGAUGCGGAGAGUGUUUUAAAGCAUUCUCUCAACGGCGUUAUUUAGAACGACAUUGCCCCGAAGCUUGUAGGAAAUAUAGGAUAUCUCAAAGGAGGGAACAGAAUUUAUCAUAAAAUUCAAAUGCAAAUUGUCACUAUGUUACUGUUCCAAAUAAAAUUCUGUGCUACUGUGUAAUAAAAUUUAGAUAUAUAUAAUAUAUAUAUAUAUAUAUAUAAGAACAAAACUCUUGUUAUAUUUCUAACAAUGAAUUCAUACAACAUUAUUAAUCCAUAAAACAUUUACUCUAAGUUUAAGGUAUUCUUUUCAUGGAAAAAAUACAUGAGAAUUUUCGACGUAAGAAAUCUUUAAUCGUAAAAACAUAAAUCAUUUGAAUAAAAGCUAGGUCCCGUUAUUUUUAUAGAAUUUCUUUCGCACCUGCUUCUUCGGGCGCAUUCUCAAAGUAAAGAUCUGUUCAAUACACGAUAAUCGCACAGUUGUUUUA